CACCCCUGCAAAGGCCGCAGCAGUUCAACCCGAAACUCACCCGCUCAGUCGGAGCACUCUUCACUCGUACCCCCUCACUGGCCAAGGGCUGCAAACACCCACUAGCCAAGAAUGUCAGAGGCACUGUUGGACGAAAUAGAAGCUAUCAACUCGAUCUACGGCGACACCACGCUUUCCCGCUCGGCCCCUGACCAGGACCCCACCCUCUUUGUGCUCACUCUCCCUGGCGAUACAGCAUCGCUCCGCUUGCAGUUCCCGCCAACCUACCCGGAUGUCCCACCCGUCGUCCUGGGCACGCAGAGCUCUGGCUCAGCCGGAAAGCGCGGUGACGCAGCCCGCGACCUGGCCCUCUUCCGAACUGCCGUCAGCGAGGUGUACGAGCCCGGUCAAGUUUGCCUGUUCGACGCCAUAGAAAAGGUGCAAGAACUGCUGGCCGCCGUUAAGGACCGCGAGGUCGCGGAUGAGGUCGACCACGAGCACGAGACAGGGGCCGGCGGCACUGGUUCCGUCUUAUCCUCAUCCGGAGCUGCAACGACCAACGGCACCGCUGCUCCCGCCACCCACCAGGAGGCGGAGUCCGAUCCUCUUCUAGGCCCGCCGCCCCCUUGGACUCUCUCUCUGCCCUUCACCGAGUCAAAAUCAACCUUCCUCGCCCGUUGCGCCCCCGUAGCCUCCCCGCAGCAAGCCAGCUCGUACGUCGCCCACCUGCUGGCCUCGGACAAGCGGGUGCGCGCGGCGACGCACAACAUCACUGCCUGGCGCAUCCGCGGCGCCAACGGCACCAGUUUCCAGGACUGCGACGACGACGGCGAGACGGCGGCCGGCGGGCGCCUGCUGCAUCUCAUGCAGCUGAUGGAUCUGUGGGAUGUCAUGGUGGUGGUGACGCGGUGGUACGGCGGCCAGAAACUGGGCCCGCGGCGGUUCGCUCUGAUUAAUCAGGCGGCGAGGGAUGCCUUUGUGAGGGCCGGGCUCGUCAGGGAGGAAGGGACGACGGCAAGGGGUGAGAAGAAGAAGGGAGGGAAGUGAACGGUAAGCAAAAGCGUAGGCUCAUUGGAUAUCAGGCCGUUUCCUAUACUACAGACUCUCGGGGCAAUACUAACAAUCUCAGCUACCUACACAUCUCCCACUAUACCUACAUAUGCUGCCUAGGGAGCUCCCCGACUUUUGGACAAGACUCGCACUGACCCGUAGCAACUCGAACUCCUCACCGUUUUUGAACUCCAAACACAAACAUCAUUCCUAUCCUUUGCGCCUCUCAAUCAACCUGUUUUCCUGUACGCCCCCCCCCCC